GGAAGGAUCAAUCUAUUCACAGACAACUUUCACCAUGCCACCCGGCAUCCGAACGUUGAACGAGCUAGGCGCGCAGACAUGACUGUGUGCUGAGGCUGACUAGUGGGGUAAUGAAAAAAAAGUGUUAUCUUAUCUACGCUCGGCCCUUCUUACUAUCAUUCAAAAUCAGAGGAAAGAAAUGGUACCGGAGUCACAAUGCAAGCAGAGAUCACCACAAAUGUUCUAGAUAGGCAGGGCAUCUCCAUAGAUGACGUUGCAAAGGAUCAGGUGGCCCAAACGGAAUGGCGCGAGAGAAAUGGAGAUGAAAAGGAUUUCGAUGCUAUUCAGCCAGUUGCAACUCGUCAAAGUUCCAAUCACGAUAACAAUGAAGUAGACGACAGUCAAGACGUUGCAGUUCCGGGAGAAGAGACAGUAGAAGAAUCAUCGGAUAUUGACGUCUAUGCUUUGAUCUUACUAGGCGCUCAAGAAGCUAGCAGUUCCUUCUCCUACAGAGCAGCAGAAUAUGCUUAUAGCAUUUAUUUGGUUGUCUUGUUCACCAACACCCUUUUGCCUGCUUCUUUGUACGGAUUCAUCACAACUGCAUCAGCAAUCGUCUUUAGCGGUUCAGUUGGAGGCUUGACGGAUACGUUCAACACACAUCGGUUACGGAUCGUACGUGCGUUCAUCUUUUCGCAAAAGCUGUUUGUAUCAGCAUCGUACGGGAUCUUUUUGGUCUUAUUCUACAGCGACAAUCUACGUCAAGCAGCGCAGAAUGGAGGAAGAGGACCAAAUCCCAAUGCACCUAGACGUGCUGAUGUUUGGUCCUGUUUUGCAGCAAUCACGAUUUUGGGUUGCAUCCUGAUCUUGUGCAACGUUGGCGUUUCUGUCAGUGUGGAAAGAGAUUGGGUAACGAGUAUUGCAAGAGGAAGCUCGAAAAGACUAACAAGGCUCAAUGCGAUCAUGCGUAGAAUCGAUCUUCUGUCAAAAUUGGUCGCUCCACUAUUCGUUUCCUUGUUGACGACUACGUUGGGUUAUCCGCUAUCUUGCGUUGUGUUACUGUGUAUCAGCGCAUUCACGACCGUCUUUGAAUUGUCAUUCAUCGGCAUUGUGUUCAGACGAUUCACUAUACUGGGUGAGGAAGAGCAAAACAAUCGUCAACAGAAAAGACCCGUAAAAGCAGCAGCAGAAGAGCAGACUGCAGCACCUAAUGGCGAGGCAAACUAUCCUCCAAGACGUGUGCCAACUUCUAUGAAAUGGCAUCAAUGGUUAUCCAAGCAGGGUUUGCGAGGCACUUUUACUCUAAUGAAGCGAUGGGCAAAAGUACAAAUUGCAGAUUGGCAUUCGUUCGCUUUGAUGCCAAUCUUUAUUAGCUCUUUAGCAAUCUCGUUACUGUACAUGAGCGUUCUUUCAUUCGAUUCGACAUUCAUUGCUUAUCUCAAAAGUGAGACAAACUAUACUGAUCCCUUUAUCGCUGGUAUGAGGGGCGUUUGUGUUGUUUGUGGCUUAUUGGGAACGUUCGUUACACCUUAUCUAACAAAAAAGAUCGGUUUGGUCAGGACGGGAACCUGGUCAAUCUGGGCAGAACUCUUGCCACUCAGUAUGGCAAUCGUUAGCUUUUACGAAGGAGCAUCGAACAAGCAAAGGCCGCAUUGGAAUACAGCUUUAUUGUUCACAGGCUUAAGUUUGAGUAGGAUAGGAUUAUGGUCGUUUGACUUGGCCCAACUUGCACAAGCACAAGAAGCUCUUCGAUUACAUCCCAGAAGAAAUGCUCUGAUGGGCUUACAAUUUGCACUACAAAAUGCAUUGGAUUUGUUGCAUUAUGCUCUCACCAUCAUUUGGUCACGACCCAGUCAGUUCAAGAAUGCUGCCGAUGUCAGCUUUGCUGCAAUUGGAACGGCUACCUUGUUGUAUACAUUUGUGUAUGCAAGAAGAGAGCGUGGUCAUGUUCUGCAUUUGGACAAGAUGGGGUUGGAAUCUCUGUUGGGUCGCAAAAGCCGUUGACGUGUACUCGGAAAACUCUUUUGACAUACUUUCUGUAAUUUUGAUGUGUUUAAUAUUGUACAAUUUUAGUAAUACACG